UUUUUAAAUAAUUUAUCACAUUAAUUGUUCAAAAUUAAAAAGCAAUAUGUUACUGUUAAGAAACAACCGAACUCCAAGCUCCAAUCGUGAUUGACCACGCGUCAUGGUGCUCCCUUGACGCCACCUUUCGGAAAAAGCGUGAGUGUACAAAUUAAAGUGCAUGAAAUGUGAAUUGGUGUAGCACCACUACGACUGCGCUGCACCUCACCACACUGCAUAAACUCCAAGCACCGAUCGUCUUUCUCUGACGUCGCCGCCGAGACGGAAGUCGCUAUAUAUGGAAUUCCUGAAGUUAAUUUGCCCUAGUUCUCCUUAUAUAUGGGAUGGAAAUGGAAUUUCAAGAUGCUUCAACAACAUAGUGUUAGGUUUUGGCACAAGUAUGAUAACAUUACUCAUCAUCAUUAUCGUUGCAAUUACUGAAAGGACUACAAGAGGACGUAGAAAGAUAUACUUCUAUGAGAAGAUCUUCUUGCUCAUUCUACCUGUCAGUGGUGCAUUUAUGGCCUGUUUUGACAUAAUUCUCCUUUUGAGUAACACAAGAAGUGAUCAUCCUGCUUUAUAUCAUGAGUGGCUCCUUAGAUGCUCUCAACUCUUAGUAUGGGCCACAAUACUUGUUGUCUCAAGGUUUGAUUGCUGGUUAUUUGUCUUAUCUAAUUGGAUCCUCUGCUUUUGGUGGAUCAUGAAACUGUUCUUGGGGAUCCCCAUUUUACAAGCAGCAUUUUCUUCUAUGGAGGUUUUUCGCUGCAUUAACGAGAGCUUAAUAAUUUCAGUGGAUAUUCUGUUUGGUAUCUUGGUUAAUAUUAUCAGAAUGAAGCAGGCAUCUCGAAGGAACAGUUCAAUGGAAGAGUCACUGCUUAUUGGUGAAACGGAUAUUGAUGACCAUUUUCGAUCUAAACCUGGAGUUCUUGCUAGAUUUUGGAAUCUAAUGACAUUUAGAUCUAUCAAUUUGGUAAUGGAACAUGGUGCAAAGAAACAGCUUGACUUUGAUGAUUUGCUUCAACUACCAACCGACAUGGAUCCUUUAUUCUGCCAUGAUACUUUGCUGAAAUGUUGGGAAGAUCAAAGAAGAAAUGAUUGUGUUCAUCCUUCUUUGUUUUGGACAAUCUGUUAUGCGUAUGGUUGGCCAUAUAUGUGCUUAGGUUUGUUAAAGGUACUUAAUGAUUGUCUUGGUUUUGCUGGACCCUUGCUUCUUAAUAAGCUGAUUAAGUAUCUUCAAGAAGGAUCUGGGAAUCUUGAUGGUUAUAUCCUAGCAAUUUCCCUUGGAUUGACUUCCAUUUUGAAAUCUUUUCUUGAUACACAAUACACAUUUGGGCUUUCCAAAUUAAAGUUAAGACUACGUUCUGGCCUUAUGACUGUUAUAUUUGAAAAGUGUCUCCAUGUUAGCCUGGCAGAAAGAUCAAAAUUUUCUGAGGGGGAAAUCCAAACAUUCAUGUCAGUGGAUGCUGAUCGAACUGUAAACAUGUCCAACAGUUUUCAUGACAUGUGGAGCCUACCUUUACAAAUUGGAAUCGCCCUGUAUCUGCUCUAUACACAAGUUCAGUUUGCUUUUGUUGCUGGAAUCACAAUAACUAUUUUGUUGAUACCAGUAAAUAAAUGGAUUGCUGAGUUGAUUGCCAGUGCUACCAAAAACAUGAUGGAGCAAAAGGAUGAAAGGGUUAGAAGGACUGGAGAGCUACUGACGUAUAUACGCACUCUGAAAAUGUAUGGUUGGGAGCUUCUUUUUACUAAUUGGUUGAUGAAGACAAGAUCCUUAGAAGUCAAAUAUUUAUCAACAAGGAAGUAUUUGGAUGCAUGGUGUGUAUUCUUUUGGGCAACAACACCUACUCUUUUCUCUUUCUUCACAUUUGGACUCUAUGUUAUGAUGGGAAAUCAACUGGAUGCAGCAACGGUUUUUACCUGUCUUGCUCUGUUUAACAAUUUGAUUUCUCCAUUAAACUCAUUCCCAUGGGUCAUUAAUGGGUUGAUCGAUGCAGUCAUAUCUACCAGGAGGCUGAGCAAGUUCCUCUCAUGUUCUGAAACAGACAAUUCUUCAUCAUCUUCCUCCAAAUUAACAGAUGAAAAUAUGGAUAUUCUCAUGAAAGAUGCAUGUUCUGUAUGGUCAAGCAGUGAUCAGGAAGUGAAGGAGUUGAUUCUUGAUCAUGUCAAUCUUUCCAUUCCAAAGGGAUCUCUAGUUGCAGUUAUUGGAGAGGUUGGAUCAGGUAAAUCAUCCUUGUUGAACACUAUCCUAGGAGAAAUGAAGCUUACCAAGGGAUCUAUACAUUCAAAUAGAUCUGUUUCCUACGUCCCACAGAUACCCUGGAUUCUCUCUGGCACUAUCCGUGAUAAUGUGAUAUUUGGGAAGGACUAUGAUCCAAGAAAGUAUUCUGAUGUUCUAGAAGCAUGUGCCCUUGACACAGAUGUUUCACUUAUGGUUGGAGGUGAUAUGGCUUAUAUUGGAGAAAAAGGGUUAAACCUGUCAGGUGGACAGAGAGCUCGUUUAGCCCUUGCCAGGGCUGUUUACCAUGGAUCUGAGUUAGUGAUGCUGGAUGAUGUCCUUAGUGCAGUUGAUGCACAAGUAGCUUCUUGGAUUUUAUCAAAAGCCAUCCUUAGCCCUCUUAUGGAUCAUAAAACACGCAUUCUUUGCACUCAUAAUAUCCAGGCCAUAUUUGCUGCAGAUAUGGUUGUUAUAAUGGAAAAAGGACAAGUGAAAUGGGUGGGGAGUCCAAGUGAGUGUUCAAAUUCUUCAUACGCAUCAUUUGUUACAACAGAAGAACUUAAUUCCUCUUAUGAGACUGAAACACAAGUAGAAAGUGGAGAUACUUGUAUAGGAGUCCCAGAAAGUGUGGUGGCUGAUCAGAGUGAAGGUAUAGAUAUUAUCGAUGCCGCUGACAACAUUAUCAGUGUUGAAGAGAGGAAAGAAGGCAGAGUUGAAACAACCGUGUACAUGAAUUACGCUGCAUUCUCUGGUUGGUAUAUUACAGCCAUAACAUGCUUAUCAGCACUUUUAAUGCAAGCUUCUCGAAAUGGAAAUGAUCUAUGGCUGUCUUAUUGGGUUGAUACAACAGCUUUUGAAGAGCAUCCAACAUCCUUUUAUCUGGUUGUACUAUGUAUCUUUUGUUUGUUGAAUUCCGUUCUUACUCUAGUGAGGGCAUUCUCAUUUGCAUAUGGUGGCUUACGUGCAGCAAUUCAGGUGCACAAUAACCUAUUGAAAAAGCUUGUUGAUGCACCUGUUGCCUUUUUUGAUCAGACCCCAAGUGGAAGAAUACUUAACAGGCUGUCUUCAGAUCUCUACACUAUUGAUGAUUCUCUACCCUUCAUUCUCAAUAUACUCCUUGCCAAUUUCGUUGGCCUCUUAGGGAUUGCUCUAAUUUUGUCAUUUGUUCAGGUCAUGUUCUUGCUUCUUAUACUGCCCUUUUGGUAUAUCUACAGCAAAGUACAGUUCUACUACAGGUCAACAUCACGUGAAUUAAGAAGGCUUGACAGUGUAUCUCGAUCACCCAUAUAUGCAUCAUUCUCAGAGAUACUUGAUGGGUCAUCAACUAUAAGGGCCUUUAAAUCCGAGGACUAUUUCUUGGCUAGAUUUGUUGAGCAUGUUAAGAUGUAUCAGAAAACAUCUUAUUCAGAGAUAAUAGCAAGCCUGUGGCUAUCCUUACGACUACAAUUCUUAGCAGCUUUUGUUGUAUCAUAUAUUGCGGUGAUGGCGGUUAUUGGAUCUCAUGGUUAUCUUCCAAUCAAUCUAGGUACCCCAGGGCUGGUGGGUUUAGCUCUUUCUUACGCAGCUCCGGUUGUAUCAUUAUUGGGGAGCUUUUUAACAAGUUUCACAGAAACCGAAAAGGAAUUGGUCUCAGUUGAGAGAGUUCUUCAGUACAUGAACAUCCCUCAAGAAGAACUUGAAGGGCACAAAAUUGUAGAUGCAAAUUGGCCAUUUCAAGGACAAAUUGAAUUCCAUAACGUAACACUCAAAUACAUGCCGUCUUUGCCUCCUGCGCUCCGUGAUCUUACUUUGACAAUCACCGGAGGAACACAGGUAGGAAUCGUCGGAAGGACAGGUGCCGGAAAAUCUAGUAUCAUAAACGCUUUAUUCCGACUCAACCCAAUAUGUGGAGGACGUAUAAUAGUCGACGGAGUAAAGAUCUCCGACGUUUCAUUAAGAGAUCUCAGGUCACGUUUUGCCGUUGUUCCACAGACUCCGUUCCUUUUUAAAGGAUCUUUAAGGGAAAACCUAGAUCCCUUCAACUUAAACGACGACUUACAAAUCUGGAAAGCUUUGGAGAAGUGUCAUAUUGAGGCGGAGGUCAGGGCAGCAGGGGGGCUAGACAUGGAAAUGAAGGAGUCUGGGACUUCGUUUUCAGUUGGGCAACGACAACUAGUUUGUCUUGCACGCGCCUUUCUUAAGUCUUCCAUGGUGUUGUGUUUGGAUGAAUGCACAGCAAAUAUAGACACUCAAACUGCUUCCAAAUUGAAGGAUGCCAUAGCAAGUGAAUGUAGAGGGCUGACUGUGAUCACAAUUGCUCAUCGAAUCUCCACGAUUCUACAUAUGGACAAUGUACUCAUUCUUGAUCAAGGAAUCUUGGUGGAGCAAGGGAACCCUCAGAUUUUGGUCCAAGAUGAGUCUUCUAGAUUUUCAAGUUUUGCUAAAGCUUCCUCAAUGUGAUGCAAGAAAUCAAGAUUGUGUUCUUUGUAUGUGUUGCACAUAACCAUGUAACAUAUCACCCUAAACUUAAACACAACAAGAAUGAGUAGUUUUUUGUAUAAUUUAGUGCAACUUUUGUAGUAUCUAGAGUUUCCUGGUCUCUUGAAAAACAUGUUCAAAAAGAUGUUAAUGUAAUAUGAUAAUUUCAAUCUAUUCAUCUAGAAAUAUGUAAAUAAUGUGAAUA